AUGACAGGAGCGAACAUCACGCCAACAAAAACUAACCUUGAUGUCAACUAUGUUCCUCUACCAUCGACAAUAGUUCACAUCUGGGAGUUCGAGGGAUACCUCGGUCAUACUCAGGAGAUGGACCGAUUGCGUAAAGACCCAACGUACCAAAAGUUCUUGAAGGACCUGCGACCCAUGCUCAUCAGCCGCGACAACCAGAUCUGCCUUGAAUUCGCCUUCUGGAAGUCUCGACCCCCAGUCGCCCUUGGUGGUAUCUACGAGAUGCGAACCUAUCUCUUGAAGCCUGGUAACCUUCUGGAGUGGGAGACAAACUGGCGCCGAGGUCUCGAGUGCAGACGCCAAUUCUGUGAGCCCGUUGGAGCGUGGUUCUCUCAGCUCGGAAAGCUCAACUAUGUCCACCACAUGUGGAACUACCCGUACGUGUCAUUCGCCAAUGAUCUGGAGACACGCAAGAAGACGCGCGAGCAAGCCUGGAAGGUCGACGGAUGGGCAGAGACCGUCUAUAAUACCGUGCGCUUGAUUGAGAAAAUGGAGGCCAACAUUUUGCUCCCAAUGGACUUUUCUUCGCUCAAGUAA